CACCUGCGCGUGCUCAGGCUCAAGGGCCUCAUUUGGCUCGGUGACGACGACUGGGCAGUCCACUCAAGGUCACUGCAGGAGCUUGUCAUGGACAGCGAGAAUUUGUGGGCACGGCCGGUCGGCAUCGUUGCCCCCAUGCUCAAGCAAUUGACGCUCUUCUUACACGCCUACAAUCAAGUGACCAUCUCCAUCCUGGCACCAAUGCUGGAGAAUGUCUCGUGGCAAUGCCUCUAUGGCACGGGCACUAUUGGGUUUGGUCUUUGGACCCUCGAGAAGCUGAGCCUGCAUACCGCAGAGAAACACUCUUCGCUGCAGAUUCAUGCCUGCAAUAGCUGGUUUACCUUUUCCGAUGAAGAGGCCAACUUUGCACAGGAGAUAGAGAAGCAUAUGAUUGUCGAAUUCUCUGCUUUGGAGCUGCACUUGUCAGCAAUGGGCCAUGUUUUUGGAGCGUUUGUGUCACAUCUUCUUGGGUUGAAUCGGAUUCGUAGCGCCAUACGGAGGCUUAAGGUCACCCUUCUGAGAUUAGAGGAGGAAGAAAUGUGCCCUGCAAAUUGUCCUUGUGAGUCUACGAACUGGAGGACCCAAAUUAUCUCCUUGAUUGCUCUUGAAGAAGUAGAAAUAGAUGGCUUCAGAGGAGAUGCUCAUGAGCAUGAUUUCUUGAAACUAAUAUUCAGCUGUGCACCAAUUCUUAAAAGAAUGAUUGUGAGGCUGUCAGAUGAGGUCUCGUCAAGUAAUGAUAGAUGCACGGAAAUAUAUGACAUCUUCAGGGGGUAUUCUUCUGUGAAAUGCAAUGUUUAUCUCAGCUCUGGUAAGUAUAUGUUCUGCAUGCAUGAUUUGUAUGCUCUUUGAUGUAGCAAGAAUAUGAGUUAAGCUGUCAGUAAAUUUUCAUGUUGUGCAAAAUCUCUAGGUUGCUGCAAUGUGGCCUAUACAUGCCAAUUAUAAGGUUUGGCUGUACAUGUAUCCUUGUUAUCACCUAAAUAUGCUACUAGUUAUUAU